AUGAAAAAUCGAUCGAAUGGCAAGAACGGCAAGGCGGUGGUUCAAGGAAAAGCGGAGAGAUCGGAGAACAGGCAAAAAUCGCAGAGGAAAUCGUCGGUGUUCCAUUCGAUAUCUCUGAUCGUAUUACACGUGCUCGAUGCGAUGCUACUGGUCAUACUCUUGCCAUUCAUGAUCUGGCAAUGGGUGUCCGCCAAUGACCGUUUGAAAAUCAUACUGAAAGCCGUCGUAGAAGUAGCCGUGGAACUGAUCAUGUGGGUGAUCUUCGCUGGGGUGUCAAUCCUUAUGACCACUACGUUCGUUUUAGAGGAAGCUUAUUUCCGUAAGAACGAUAACGAGAAAUUACGACAGUUGAUGAUCGCACGGAACGAACCCACGCCGAAUGAUAACGAAAGUCAGAAGGAGUAUCCUCCACAUUCGAAGGAGCAAGAGAAGCUGAAAACUGAGAACAAAGACCGUCCGCUUUGCUGA